AUGUCUCUCCGUGUCGCACCCCCAGCAGCGCACCCAACCAGCACCUCGAACACGACCGCCUCAAAACUCUCUGCCACGACGAGCACCAAAUCCAAAGAUGACCUUGACCGCGGCGCUCCCUCGGCCCCCGGUCUGCACGACACCCUCCGCGCCUCGUUGUACCCCCAGUCGACGGCGAGCACGCAGACCGUGACGACGGCGCACCCUCUGGAAUCCCGCCUGGCGAACUGGCAAGCGACACAGGAGGCGACGCGGCUGCAGAUCCUGCGCCGGAACUUUGGCAUCGCGGAGCCUCUGCGCCGGGGCAUGGAGUUGAAGCUGGUGCGGGACGCCGACUCGUUUCGGCCGUCCGUGCUAGGCAGACCGGCGGGCGUUCACGAAGAGAUUUUGACGGGACGGGACGCGGAGAUUACCUGGGAGGAUGUGUACGCUGGGCAGGACGGGAUGAGGUUAGCUUUCCAGGGAGGCGACGGGCAAGGGACUGGGUGGAUGGAGGAGAUGGAGCGCAAGGUCGGCAUGGGCAAGUGGUGA